AUGUCCUGUAAGGUACUUUCUACAUUGACUAUCGAUGGUUUCGAAAAGUUUUUCUGCGCACGUGGCAGUUGGACAACUAUUGCACAUGUUGCUCAUUUAAGUGGCAAUCAUUCGACACUGAUAGAAAAGGCUUCACAUGUCAUUCAAUGCUUACUAAAACGUCAUUCUCGCAUGCGCACACGUCUUCGAGUAGAUGGAGAUGAAUAUCUACUUGAUAUAUUAGAAUACAAUAGUGAAUAUUUAUCGAGCAGUUUGUUCUUUUCCACUGUUGAAGCAACUUAUCAUUCGUGGCAAGAAAUCGUUGAACAGCGAUGUAAUCAAGAUCCAUAUUCGAACAAUGGUACGAUGAUUUUUCCACUUUUUCAUUUUAUGCUUCUGUUCAAUUCACCACAGUCCAAUGAUAAUUUCUUUCAUUUCAUUCUUUUUGAGAAUCAUUGUGCUUCCGAUGGCCGAAGUGGAUACAUUCUUAUCAAUGACUUUUUAACUUUAGUUACUGAUCCCAAUCUAUUUUCAAAAUCAGAGCCAGUCAAUAACGAAAUUCUUCCAUCGAUUAAUCAAAUGAUUCGAAGACCAUUCGGUUCAUUGUUUCCGUUGGCAUUAUUCAUUGUGAAGCAAAUUUUCAAAUAUGAACUACGUCAAUUGAGACAUCCACGUAUUCCAGUGACAGCGAUACCUCAUCUCCAUUGUGGGCCAUCGAAGUUUCUUGUUCAACGAUAUAGAGUCAAAUUUUUAUUUGCUUCAAGCUCAUCCGAUCUAUAUGUUAAUUUACACGAACAAUGUCAUCUGCAUAACAUGACACUAAAUGGUCCACUUUUCGCCUGUCUUCUCUUGGCUAUUCAUCAGUUUUUUCCAUUCGUAAAUAAUACUCGUUUGAAGCCAUUCGGUAUCGGUGUAAAUUUUGAUAUGCGUUCGCGUCUUGUUCGAUCUCCUCUUACAUCAUCAUCAGUCGGAUUUUUUGUUGGUAUUGGUGAAGUUAAAUUUAAUCGAUCAUUUUCGAUUCGAUCGACUCGAUUUUGGUCAUUGGCACAUCGAUGUAUGAUGAUUACUCGAAAUCAAUUGAACCGAAUCGGUGUUCCAUUAAUCACGAAUAUGUUUACCGAUAUCUCAAGGCAUGAACAUGAAUUCAAUAGAUUCAAUCGCCUCUUCUAUGAAGGACGUCAAUCGGAAUUUGCAUUCUCUAAUAUUGGUAAAUAUCCAUUUUCCUGCGAGUACAAUUGUGGUGAAAUACAAUUACAAGGUUUACAUGUUAUCAACAAUGGCAGUAUUUAUCGUUCGUCCACAGUCAUGUAUGUUACUUGUGUCGGUGAUGGUCAAUUGGACAUUUCACUCGCACACGAUAUGGAAAGUGAUGAGAAGGCAAAAGAAUUUCUAAAUUGUUAUGUACAUCUAAUCGAAGCAUGCGCCGAUAGAACACAUUGUAAUAUUGAAACUACUCUCGAUCAAUUGUUGAAAUCAAUCAACUAG